GGUGUGACCCAAGCUAACGAAAGCCAAGAAAUCCAGACCUCACUUAUUCUCCUAACAUAGCAAGUGAUGCUCAGAAAGCAGCUUAUUCUGGCUCAACUUACCCAUUAGUCAAGUGAAACUGGCUCUUCCAAGACAGGUUAUCAAAAGACUGCACCAAUCCAAAACUGGAGAACUUGGUGUGGGGAAUCAAGUUGUACCCAAAUGGGUGAGGAGGAAGCAAAGCUGCCCUGCUCUUCUCCAAGGCAGUGGACAGGAGGAAGCAUUUUUUUCUGCAGGUCUGAGAAAGGGCAGGCUGGGAUGGAGAAUGAGAAGUUCCAGCAGAAGGCUCUGAAGCAAACUAAGCAGAAGAAAUCCAAGUCGGCUGAAUUUCUGAUGGUAAAAGAAGAGAGAGCAGCAACAGAAGGCAUUGAAAAUCCAGCUUUUAACAUCAGCAGCACAGAUCUUUCAGCAUACCAGCCUUCAGAAGAGAAAGUUAUUAUACAUGACAAGCCAGAUAGCACCCUUGCAGCUCACCAACAAAAACUCGGGCUGCAAGCCCAUGCUGAACCAAGAGGAAAUGAAUACAGCAGAAAUUACUUUGACCCGUUGAUGGAUGAGGAAAUAAACCCAAGGCAGUGUGGGAUGGAGGUCAGUGAAGAAGAUCCUGUGAAAUUUGAUGAGAGAAUCCUGUACGCUAAACUGAUGAAGCUUCUAGAUGAAGAAAACAAGAUGCUGGACUUCCAAGCCCAUGUCGUCAGUGAAGAUUUCCCGGACGCUGUAAUGCCUGUCAGCUCCAGUAAGGCAUGUGACCUUCACAAGGAGCUUGAAGAUGAAGAGAUUCCUCCAUAUAUCGAACAGUUUGAGAGAGAUGUUCAGGAUGACAUAAUUCUGCUUGGCAGGCUUUCACUGGAACAGCACAAGGGAGCUUCUCACCACAAGAAACAAAAGUGGAGAGCCAGGAUUCAUGAACUCUUUCAAAGAGUGGGAAGUCAGCUACUGAAAACAGAGGAGAGUGGAAUUGAAGAAGAAAUGGUAGCCGGCUUUGGUAACCUUGCUGAUGUGAAUGCUGGAUUAAAAGGAGCUGCAGGACCUUGCGGGAAGGUUGACUGCUCCAAGAUGCCACAGCCAAUAGAAAUUCACCUCAAAUGCCUGAGGGGAGUCAAAGAUAAGGUCCCUGAAGGCCUCUACACUCUCAAAGUUUCUGUUCUCAGCCGCUUGGGUGGUGCUUUGGUGGAGUGGCCUGAACUGGAGGAGCAGCCUCAGGCCAGGACGACACGGCCUGUUAGUCAUGGUGGAAACUUCUACAACACUGAAAUCUACUUUGGACAAAGCAUCCAGACAGUUCUACCACAUAGAAAAGCUGUGAAGCCAGGCAUGGUACUCCUCUUUGAACUCUUCCUUCUUCGUGGCACCUAUACCUGGAUUGAUCGAGAAGUGGGAUGGGGAGCUUUUCCCUUAUGUGAUAACAAUUUUAAUGCUUUGGAAGGAAAAUUUAAGUGUCCCUUCCUCAGAGGGCAUUAUAACUCCAAAGUUGACCGAUUCAAAAAAAUUGAAAAUUUUAUUUCUCAGGACUUGGAUCAUUGGUUAUGCAAUCUCUACUUUCAGAUAAUUAAACUACCACAGGAUUCAGAUAAGCAAAAUAAGUGUGCUAUGCAUCUUGAUCUGCCACCCGAACUUCUCAUGUAUUCAAGCACAGCUGGAAAGAAUGGUGUCUCAGAGAAGGUUGUACAGUCUAGACCACAAGGGCAACCUCUGACCUCCCCGAAAGAUCCCGACACCCAUAAGGGAAGUAUUCCCACUGUUGUAAAGGAAGUGGAAAAGCAGUUUAAUGCUGCAAAAGGAGGAGAAGAGUGUGUGUCAGAAGAAGCUGGGAGGAAAAGAGAAGAGCUUAAAAUGCUUCCAGCAGAUGAUUGCCAAGAUUGCCACAGCAGUGCAGACAAUCACUGUGGUUCAUUUUGGCUGAAGGAAGUCCAAGGAGAACAUCACAAGGUCAGCUGGAAUAACCCACCUGCCCAAUGUUAUGAAGAAAAAUCAGGUCCUGAGAACAAUGACAACCGAGAAGAAGGGAAAACAUCCACAGAGAGCAAUUUUUAUUUGGAAGACUUGGAGAAAUAUACCUUUUCUGUGUGCUGCCGUUCUGCUGCUGAUGUGAAACUGUCCAGGCAGGUUGUCAAGCAUUUCCAUUUCGUGGUAUACACGGCUUUUUCGGAGCUGGGAGCCACAUGCUGGCACUCCAGGGACUUCUGGCUGCUCACACUGCUGGUAGUUUUGCUUUGGUUCCUGAGACUUUACCUGCAUUAUUUGAGUCAAUGGCUCUUCCUUCAGACCAUCUCAGUUCCUGUUGCAAAGUUCCAGCUCUUCCCUCACACUGUGGAACUGUGCUACCAGAACUCCUUGCUGCACACCAGUGAAGAGUUGGCCAUGGUCGUGGUGGGACCACUAACCUUGAAUGCUGGGUUGCUUCUCAUGGUCCUGAUCAGAUGGGGCUGUCAGCAGCUAUUUGACUCAUUCCCUUCCUUCUUGUCAAAAUUUAUCAUAGCUAUGGGACUAUGGACAGUGCUAGACCCCUUGGCAGUGUUUGUAGUGGAUUCAUUCCUGGGGCGAUUUGGGAACAGUGUAGAGAAACCCAUUGCUGAUGCUGCAAAACUCUCCUGGGUAUUUCUAAGAGCAGGGGAGUCAGGAGUUCCUGGUGCCUUAAUCACAGUGAUGCUUUACACCAUCCUGUUCAUGAUCUCAUCAACAGUGUUGUACCUGUAUUUUUUAAGGCUACACAGUGAAGGUUGGCUAUUGGAUGUAUUUCAACGUAUUCAUGGUGAGGAAGGCACAUUCUUUGUUCCACUGGACUUGGAGAUUUCCAGUCAGGAGCUGAGCUACGUUAUGAAGAGGGCUGAGCAGUGGAGAGGAAUCAAUGGUGAAAGACGGAUGGUGGCAGUGUCUGAUUACAUCUGGAAGGACCACGCCAGCCAGCCUGGUGUCUCCAGCUGUGACCUCCAGCACCAGGAUGAAAUCCCUGACGCUGCAGCCAGCUGGAAGGGUAGCACCACUGUUCACGUCUGUGUCUACACGGUUCACCUCGGCGGCUUCCGGGAGCUCUACCGGCACUUCCUCAGGCUACCUGAUGGGGCUGUCAUUGAGGCAUUUGGUGAUAUUAGUGAGGAAAGUCUUUUGUGUAAUGAAGUGAGCACAGACCAGGAGAGCAUAAGGGAGAAGGACAGUGUGCUGCGUACAUCUACACGUAUCGAGCUGAGGGAGAGGAAAAAGAGUACAGCAAGGUGGCAAGAUCCCAUGAAAAUGAAAAAAAAAGAAGAGACAGAGACCAACAAUUCUCUGGAUGUGUGGGUUCCUAGAUGAAAAAUGGGAUCCUGGUAGUUGAAACUUCUUGAGCUUACUGAGCAGGAACUGAAGGAAUACAAGGACAUAUUGUGCUGUGUUUCUCUGUGCUGAACAGAAGAGUGACUCCUGGUGCCAGAUGAAAUAAAAUCAAGAUAUCUCCCAAUAAUUUGAGAGCCAAUAUAUGUCACUGCUCUAGCUCCCUCUGCUCUUGACAUCAUUUAAGGAUUUCUGUGUGAACCCACCUGGGAAUGACAGAGACAGACAGCAAUCAAGGCAGACCUUCUUGAAGACACAGCUGUAAAUCUGACAGAGAACGAGUUUAUUUACUCCUUUGCUUCUUCAGACCUUCACAAAGCCAUUUGGGAAUUACACUGGGAUGGAUAUGUGAAUAUGGCCCCUGUGAACUUUGCUUACUGAGAGAAAUCUCUUACAUUUCUUAUUGCACACAAUCAGUACAUGAAACUUCCUUGGCAACAUAUACACACAAUAUCAGGAAUUUUACCUCUACUCAUCUCAAAAUGUAACAAAACCAAUGUUUUCUGAUAAGGAGGAACUUAUAAUUAGGCAAUGAGUUCACUCAGUGCUGCUGACUCUGCAGUUCUAAUUUGUGGGAUCUGAAAGCGUCUGCUUUAUGAGGAAACAAAGCCUGGACUGGAUAAAAAUUUCAUAGUCUUCCCCAUGCUGCUCUCUACCCCUCCUUAACUUGUGAGACCAGAUGUGCUUUAGAGAGAGAAUCCUUUCUGCCUUCCCUUAGUCUGCAUUCAUAUAUGCUAUCAGAGGUCUUGAUUUAAGAAUUACCAGCAUUGGAAUGAAUCUCAUUGCUGUUCAUGAACACUGGUUAGAUUAAGUAUAUGUCUUUCACUUGUUCGUCUUUUCUCAUGUGAUUGCAUUCAGCAGUGCUGAACAUCCUUGGAUGUAACCCAUUGAGGAAGUAACUUGCUGUACUGGGCAAUGAUCAGCUGCAGGUUCUGAGGCUUCAAGCAACAGACUUAGAUUUAUACAGGGCAUUGAAGGCAGGGCAAUAGCUCUGCCUCCAUGCCCUUGCAGGAGCAAUCCAGCUCCAGUCUGAGAGCACAUAUAUAAAUGGCAUAUAUAAAUAUAUUGUGGCAUUGACUCUGCCAUCCUUUUCUUGUUUAGUGCAACAUUCACAUGAAGACUUGGUAAGUCACUGCUCAGUCUAAGAAUGGGUGGGUUCAUACACUUGCACGUGUUUAAUUCCUGGGGCAUGGCUUAUUUAUGCCUUUGCCUGCAGAUAUUUUGUUAACUUUUUUUUGUGUGUAUGUGUGUGAAUUUAUUCUAGCAUUUAGACUUCAUGUUGUUUAACACACUGCAGUUUACUGCCUGUUAUUGAAUGAGAGUGGGAGAACACUUUUCCUAUUUUUAACCAUUUUUGAACUGUGCUUCCACUAACAUUUUAGUUUACAACACUGGGACCAAAUGCACUUACAACUGUGGUAUGAGUAUUACUGUGUGGCUUUGGUUUCUACAUAGUUAAGCUUUAGUUAAGACUAUCCAUAUGAUCAGCUGGAACAGUUUCCAAUUACUACUUGGGGUUUGGCUGUUUACUUCUGUAUUUCAAGCUUUCAACUCAUGUGAAAAGUAAAAUUCAUUAUAAAUUUAUCUAUAUUGUCAUAAUUUUAAAAUUUAAUUGGAAUUGUUUUAACAAAAGCAGUGUGUUCAAGCAGCAACAGUGUUAGUAGAUUUCUGGGAGAGAAGAAAGGAUAAGCUCAUACAUUCAGUGCAAUACCUGCAAUAUAUCUUAAAAUCUUGGUAUCA